AAGUCCGCCCGGUGUCCUCCUUGCGACUGCUCCGGUAAACAAACGAAAUAAAACGCUACUUUGCUGUUUAGUUUGCGCGUCUUUGGCUUCAUACAAGCCUUACUUACUUUUCCAUUUAUUUAUUGAUAAAAUAGAGCCUGCCAGUAUUCGUGUUCAUCAUGUCAGUGCAGAGAAAUCUGGUGUAGGAGAUGCGAGCUGCGUUGCGUCUGGCAAUAGUGGCGAUCCCGAUGGGGGUGCUGCUGUCCCGGACCAUGGCGUGGAUGUCCAGUGGCAAAACGCACCAGGAGCUCAUAACCAGGCUCAGGGAUCAUGGCGUGAUCCACAGUGACAGAGUGUUCAAUGCCAUGCUGGCCACAGACAGAGGGAUCUACUCCAGGGAUUAUCCAUACGCAGACUCUCCUCAGUCCAUAGGCUUCCGAGCCACCAUCAGUGCGCCACACAUGCACGCCCACGCUUUGGAGCUGCUGAGCGACAAACUCACAGAAGGGGCAUCGGCCCUGGACGUCGGUUCAGGAAGUGGUUAUCUCACGGCCUGCUUUGCAAGAAUGACAGGAGACAGUGGGAGAGUGGUGGGAAUUGAACACAUCGAUGAACUGGUUCAAAGUUCAGUCAGAAACGUCCAAGCGGAUGACCCGGAUCUUAUCGCCUCUGGACGCAUCAGACUUGUGGUGGGAGACGGAAGGCUCGGGUACCCAGAGGGAGCCCCUUAUGAUGCCAUUCAUGUUGGUGCAGCUGCAGCUACCGUUCCUAAGGCUCUCCUGGAGCAGCUGAAGCCAAACGGGCGCUUGGUGCUGCCAGUCGGCCCCGACGGUGGCAGUCAGGUCCUGGAACAGUACGAACGUCAGAGUGACGGCACCUUCCUCAAAAGAGCUUUGAUGGGAGUGGUUUACGUCCCCCUGACAGACAAGAGACGACAGUGGCCGGGAGGUGAGCUCUGACUGCGGUGUGGUUGCCCCUUCCCCCCUGCAGGAGGUGGGGUUGUGCGCCAUGUCUUCAACCCCUUAAGUUCCUUUCCUGCUAUGUUCACUUUUUCCUCCGUAACCUUAAGACAUUCACAAGGAGCAUCUGGCUCUGUUUUCCUCACUUCAUUGUCUCCCUGGACUAUAAUAAGAGUAGGUAACUGAAAGUGUGCAUAUUUAGCAUUAAAAAUGGAAAGAAUUUAUUUUAA